ACAUCCGAAAAAAUAUUUUUAUGUUUUCACCCUUGAGCGUUCUAGUGUAAACGGGGCCUUAGUGGAUGUUUUCAUCCCGAACAGCAAGAAUGGAUAGUGAAUUUGACCACGGUGCAUUGUUGAGUUUUAAAGCAUUUUCCCAAAAUAUGUUUUCAUUUAAGAAUUGUCACCAAAAAUCUUUCCAUUUGCUGAAGAGAAAGACUCCGACUCAAAUCCAAAUUAAGACUCAAAAGCACCCCAUAGUGGAUGAAAACGUCCCCAACAACACACAAGGGUUAAGAAGAUAUAUGUGACACCUUUUAUGAAGCAACUACCAAGGUUUGCAGUGAUAUAUUAGUAUUUUCAUUUUUUGUUGGUUUCGUUUAGUGGCUUUUAGGUUUGUGACGGCCUCUUUCAAAAACAUCUGAAACUGGAAAAGAAUUUCAAUAAAACCACUGAACGGUAUGACAUGAUGGCUUAACCAGAAUGUGCAAACAUCUGUGACAUCACAUGCAACCCAGCAGAAAUGUUUGACCCCUUAACUGUGCUGUAAAUUCCAUUUGCCAUACUCAUAUGAGAAGGUCUCACAUGCAUACAUGACUUUUUCUGUUGCUAAUAGGUUCCUCCAUCACUUUACACCCACAAAACACACAACAUUUAAAAAACAGACACAAUACAAAACAGAUGCUUACAAAUAGUGCGGUGAGCAAUGUGGCUUGUCGAUUAAAGGCCUGACGCAAAGGUUGUAACCCCAAGUGUGAUUCAUUAUUUAAGAUAUACUAUGAAUUAAAAUGAACUGCAGGUUGCUUUACAGCAUCUGCUAAUGUUGACAGUGUUAUUUGAUUACUUCAGAUAGCAUUAUGAGACCUAAACCUGCUGUAUGCAUAUAACACACAAUUCCAGAUGUGCCAUGGAGAGUCUCAGUUUUGUAAGCUGUCAGGUUUACAAACCCUGGUUGGUUUAAUGGACACCAUGUGGUUUGAGUUAAGUCCAAUGAGAGGGGGUGGAGGGGCUGUUCGGUUUUUGUCGUUUUGGAAAAGAGGGUUUGUUGGAGUGCUGUUAGUUUAGUGCAGUGUUAAGUCACCUAGCUGAAAACACGACGACGUGGUUUUGCUCUGAGGAGAAUACAUUGCAUUCAGUUUGAGUUUAAUUGUGAGUUGUUGUUUUAGAUUUUAGUCUUUAGUGAUAAUCAAGGUUAAUAAAUGCAACAGUUAUUGGUGGAGAAAGCCAUGACUGCAGACAGCAGCAACGGACUGAAUAACAAGAAUGACUGCAAGGAUUACAGAAGAAAUCGACUGAUGGUCGGACUGGACCUUUUCUGCUUGUUUCUUGCAGCCCUGCCGUUUCUGAUUAUAGAGUCUGGAGCUGUGAAACCCUACAGACGUGGUUUCUAUUGUUCAGAUGAGUCCAUCAAAUAUCCUGCCAAACACAGAGACACCAUCAGCGAUGGCGUUCUGUCAGCGACCGGCAUGCUUAUCGUCAUUCUCUCUAUCACAAUAGGUGAGAGCUACCGAAUUCGCUACCUUCAUAAAAGCUCCAACACGUUUGUCGGAAACCCAUACAUCUCUGCUCUCUACAAGCAAGUUGGUGUGUUCAUGUUCGGCUGUGCGGUCAGUCAGUCAUUCACCGAUAUUGCCAAAGUCUCUGUGGGCCGCUUACGACCUCACUUCCUGGAUGUGUGCCAGCCGGAUUUGACGUCAGUCAAUUGUUCCCUUGGUUACAUCACGGAGUACAGGUGCACGGGAGAUGAUGGGAAAAUUCAGGAAGCCAGGAAAUCCUUCUUUUCUGGCCACGCCUCAUUCUCCAUGUACACGAUGCUGUAUUUAGCUUUGUACCUGCACUCCCGGUUGUCCUGGCGAGGUGCUCGUGUUCUCAGACCGCUCCUUCAGUUCACCCUGAUCAUGAUGGCGUUUUACACCGGGCUGUCGCGCGUCUCCGAUCAUAAACAUCACCCCAGUGACAUACUCGCAGGCUUUGUUCAGGGAGCUCUCGUGUCGUACUGCACUGUGUUUUACGUGUCGAACCUCUUCAGGUCAAAAGUCAGGAGCUCUUCUCUACCAGAUGCCACCAGAAAGAUAGACCGUCUGUUAUCUGUGGACAUUAGAGAGCGGACAAACCAUCUCACUAUAGCAUAACACCUACUGUGACUGGAUUCAGUCAGCUGAUUGGCUGAUGCUUAAUACAGUAGAUGUAUG